AUGGAUUUUGAACAACAUUCCCUCACCGUCUACGAUUAUGUCAUCUUCACCUGCAUGCUGGGCUUUUCUGCCGGCAUCGGGAUCUAUUAUCGGUUCUCCGGCGGCAGACAGCAGACGAACAAGGAGUAUUUCCUGGCCGACAAGAGCAUGCCGGUCAUGCCAGUUGCCUUCUCCCUGAUGGCCAGUUUUAUGUCUGCCAUUACAUUGCUGGGAGUGGCAUCUGAGAAUUACAUGUAUGGCACUCAGUUUGUAGUGCUAAACAUUGCAUAUAUUAUUGGAACACCGAUAUGUGCUUUUGUUUUUCUUCCCGUUUUCUUCCAAAUGCAAGCUACGAGUGCUUUUGAGUACCUUGAGAAGAGAUUCUGCAAAGAAGUAAGGCUGUUGGCUAGUGGAAUAUUUAUUUUCGAAAUGGUCUUAUACAUGUCUAUAGUAUUAUAUGCUCCCGCCAUGACACUUAGUGCUGUAACUGGUCUUUCAACGUGGUCCUGUGUGCUUUCCGUUGGAGUGGUGUGCACAUUUUAUUGUACAAUUGGUGGAAUGAAAGCCGUGUUGUGGACCGAUGUCUUUCAGUCACUUCUCAUGUUCUCUGCCGUGUUUGUGGUCAUCGUCAAAGGCACCUUGGAUGUUGGAGGAAUCCACAAAGUCUGGGAAAUUGCUCAGAGUGGAAAAAGGAUUGAAUUUCUGAAUUUUGAUUUUGAUCCUCGUGUGCGUCAUACUGUUUGGAGCCUUAUAAUAGGAGGCGUAUUUACUUACUCUUCAAUAUAUGCUGUGAACCAGGCUCAAAUUCAAAGGCUUUUGACAGUGAAAAGUUUGAAAAAAUCUCAAUUGGCUUUGUUUAUCAGCUGGCCUAUCCUCACAAUUUUAAGCAUAGCCACUUCUUUUGCUGGAUUGGUCGUUUAUGCCAAUCUGUCCGACUGUGAUCCUCUUUUGAGAGCCAAAGAAACUAGCGUGCGCUUCCCAGAUCAAAUUCUUCCAUAUUUUGUGAUGACCUCAUUGACGAUGCUGCCGGGACUUCCUGGACUGUUUGUGGCCGGAAUCUUCAGCGGAUCCAUGAGCACGAUAUCGUCCUGCAUAAAUUCUCUCGCCGCAGUCACCGUGGAAGAUUUCCUGCGGCCCCGGUGUUUCGGUAAAACUUCGGAAAGAAAAAUUGCCUUUUUUACAAAGCUCAUUGCUUUUCUAUAUGGACUGCUCUGUAUGCUUCUGACCUUCAUAGUUGAGAAACUGGGAGGCGUGUUACAAGCCUCUCUGACGAUAUUUAAUGUUAUCGGUGGACCACUGCUCGGCCUCUUUUCUCUAGGCAUGCUGGUCAGCAGGGCUAACAGUAAAGGGUCUACAGUUGGUUUCUUGUUUGCCUUAGCAUUUUGUUUUUGGAUUGGUUUUGGAGGUAUGCAUAAAGGGAAAAGAUUGCCUAGUUACCACAGAUCAACCGAUGCAUGUCCUGUCAAUAAUUCUUUACUGCAGACUUCCCAUCCCCAAAGCCAUUACCUGAACGAAUCAUUUUCGGAACUUAAUUUCACCAUUUUCAAUAAUUCCCAGAUCAAAAGUGAUGAUGCCUUAUUUGAAGAGUACAUUUUCCCCCUGUAUACAUUGUCUUACAUGUGGUAUGCAGCUAUUGGCUGGUGCACUUGUAUGAUUUUUGGUCUUGGGUUCAGUUUAAUGUUGGGUGAGAAAGAGAGGGUGAAUCCUCUUCUAUUAAGUCCACUUGUUACUUCCUGGAGUAGGGAACAAAGUCCUGUCUUGGAAGUUGCCCUGGGGCCUUCAAACAAGAAAGUGAUAGUUUUGUAA